AUGGCUCGCACACGGGCAGAUACGGGGAACCCUCCCGCUAAGCGUCGUCGGCUGAAUAAUGGUACCCCCGCGACCAAGGCCAACCGACAGUCGCCUGCCAAUGAAUCGUCGUCUUCCGACGAGCUCGCCGCGACCCCAGAUUAUGACAUGGAGGAGCGUCGCAGGGCCAGCUGGUCGGCGAAGAAGGCUAUAGCGAAUCGCAGACAGUAUAAGCCUGAGCCAAACAGUCCCAGCGUGUCGGACAGUCCAGAUGAGCUGUCCAUGGACGCCGAUGUGUUCUGGGGUCGGAAUACGCGGGAGCAGUCCCCUGCCAAAAAAGCGCCUACGCCUCCCGUUCAGAUAGAGGAGGAAGAGACUGAGCUAGCAGUCAAAAUGGCCAUCGAACCGUUGACUCCUGCGCCUGCUGAAUCUAGUGCUGAUCUAGAGUCUCGCGCACGAUCCGUCGAAGAGCCCGAACGAAUAGCUACGCCCGAGCCCGCUCCUCCCCCUACUCCGCCGAAGCCGGAUCAUGUAAAUUAUGUUCAAAAGUAUAUCCUCAAGGGCCAUCUUCGAGGUGUAUCUGCUGUAAAGUUCUCGCCCGAUCGAACAAUGCUUGCUAGUGGAGGUGCGGAUGGGUCAUUGAAAGUGUGGGACACAUAUACAGGAAAGCUACUCCAUACAUUUGAAGGCCAUUUAGCGGGAAUCUCGACUGUCGCAUGGAGCCCAGACAAUGAAACGAUCGCCACGGGAUCAGACGACAAGACGAUUCGACUGUGGAAUGCGCUUACUGGCAAAGCUCACCCGAAAGCUUUCAGUGGCCACCACAAUUAUGUUUAUUCCAUUGCCUUCUCGCCGAAGGGUAACAUGCUAGUCAGUGGUUCAUACGACGAAGCUGUUUUCUUGUGGGACGUCCGUUCGGCCAAGGUUAUGCGAUCGUUGCCGGCGCACUCAGACCCCGUUGCGGGCGUGGAUAUAUGCCACGACGGCACGCUCGUUGUAUCGUGCUCUUCAGACGGGCUUAUUCGAAUUUGGGAUACGAUGACUGGACAAUGCUUGCGUACUCUCGUCCACGACGACAACCCACCAGUCAUGGCAGUUCGGUUUUCGCCUAAUGGCAAAUACGUUCUGGCCUGGACAUUAGACGACUGCAUUCGAUUAUGGGACUAUGUCAGUGGGCGAUGCAUCAAGACAUACCAAGGACAUACGAAUCGGAAAUACAGCCUAUGCGGGAACUUUGGGGUGUAUUCAACGCCGGACGGACCGCCGCAUGCAUUCGCGGUCAGCGGUAGCGAGGACGGCGCCUUGGUAUGUUGGGAUGUUGUGGAAAAGAACACGCUCCAGCGCAUUGAUGGUCACACCGAUGUUGUUCUUGCUGUCGACACUGCUGAGCUAGAUGGUAAAAGGUAUAUGGCGAGCUGUGGUUUAGACCAGACGGUUCGUCUCUGGGAAGAAGUGAGCCCUGUGGAGACGGAUGAGUCGGUCGAAAUGAAUGGCAUAACCAAUACUGUAGAAGCGACACCAGACGAAACAACACAACCAGUUCCCGAAGAUAUAUCUAAUGAGGCACAAGAUGGCGUUGAGGGUGACAAAAUGCUUGGUUGA